AUGUCUAGUGAUGGUGAAAAAUGUAAUUUUUGUAAUCGUUUAAGAAAUAAUUUGAAUAAAGUAAAUUGGAAUCGCCAUUUAGCUAAGUGUGAACUUUUAUUUUCGACAAAAAUAACUAAACCAAACAAAAAAUCUAAAAAUGAUCGAUGUAGUGAUAUUAAAUCAUUUUUUUCAUGUAAAAGACCGAAAACAGAAAAUCCUAAUUCUGAUAAACAGAUUCAAAUACUUUCAGUCAGUGAAAUUUUACCAACUGACAUUCCUACUGCAGAAAAAUCGCCUACAGUUUAUGAAGACCCUAUAGGUUCAAAGGGAAAUGCUGAAUCUACAUGUAUUAACUACCAACAAACACCAUCGGUCAGUGACAUUUUACCAACCGACACUGCUACUACUGAAAAAUCACCUGCAGUUUAUGAAGACCCCACAGGUUCAAAGGGAAAUGUUGAAUAUACACAUAUUGAGUAUUUAGAGGCUACAAGUAGAGAAAAUGAUAAACUAUUGUGUUUGGAAAAUUGUGAAUCUACUCAAUUAGAUCUUUUGGAGGUUUUCUAA